CGGAGAACUUAUGGGCCCGGCAAAGAUGCGACCUCGGAUGUGGGCCUUUGACGGGACCCCUCUGGAUCAAUUGUCGCAGCGGCACUUUGUUACCCCACAAACCCCUUCUCCUACUCUCAGGACUUAUUGGAAACAGAAUUAGUACAGAAUCUUCUCUUGCGUGAACUUUACCCGAGUCCAAGACACAGACUCCAUUGAGUCAAUAACUUUGUGCAUACUGCAUCUCCAUAUCGACUAGCAAGAUUCUACAAACCCCGUCCAACCCGUCACCAAAAGCGACAAUGUCCAAACCCGUAGCCAUCGUAACAGGCGCCGGCUCAGGUAUCGGCGAAGCAACAGCAACCCACCUGUACUCCUUAGGCUACAAAGUUGUCAUCGCCGACCUAAAUCCCACCUCAGGCCAACGCGUCACCUCCGCCCUGGGCAAAGACGCCCUCUUUCACCAAACAGACGUAUCAUCCUACAAAUCGCAAGCGCAGCUCUUCAAGCGUGCUUAUGAAUGGGGCGGUAACCGCCUCGAUUUCUGCCAUGCCAACGCUGGAAUCGAUGAUCGGCAGAAUGUUCAUGAAAGCAUGGACAAGGAAGAGGUGGAUGAGGAGGGACUGGUUAAGAAGUUGAAUACGAAGACUAUAGACGUGAAUCUUGAGGCUGUGAUACAGGGGCUUUGGCUGUUCAAGUAUUAUGUGAGAAGGAGUAAGGAGGCGGGUGGGGGGAAGGGAUAUUUUGUUGCUACGAGUAGUGCGGCGGGGCUGUACUUCAUGCCACAAUGCCCCCAGUACACAGCCAGCAAAUACGGCGUCAUAGGCUUCGUCAGGGCUUCCGCCCCAAACUUCAUCAACGAAAACAUCACCGUCAAUGCCAUUUGUCCGGCGUUCAUCCCGACGAAUCUUUGUCCCCCAGAAGUAGCGGCGCGCUGGCCAAAAGAGCACAUUACCCCGUUUUCGACUGUGCUCAAGGCUAUUGACGCUUUUUUGAAUGACGAUAAAUUGACGGGACAGGCGGUAGAGUUAUCCCAGGAAAAUAUAUAUUUCAGACAGCCUGUUGAUUAUGCGAAUGAGAGUCAGCAGUGGAUUGGGCUCGAAAGUGAUAAGAUCUGGAAUGAGGGUUACAAGGAGCCACCAAAGAGAAAUGGGUAUUAAAUAUUGAUGAUUUCGUUGUAGAUAUGAACAAAAACUAUAAAAACAGCUCUCGUGAUCAAACAGCCAAAAAAAAACCCAG